ACGGAGGAGGCCGGGCAGGGUCGGCUGCUGCUUGAGGAGAGGGAGCUGUCGGAGAAGCAGCUGCAGGCGGCCCUGGCUGCGCAGCGAGAGAGGUCGCGCAGGAGAGGCUGCGGCUGCAGGAGGCGGAGAGCUCGCAGCAGCGGAUGGAGGCCAGCCUCACCUCGCAGGUCGCCGACCUGGAGGCUGCCCUGAGCUCGCAGCGGGAGCUGCUGGCCAGGGAGGGCGAGCAGAGCCGGCUGAAGCUGCAGGAGGCCGACGAGAUGAAGACGCAGCUUGAGGCAGGACUGUCCUCUCAGAUCGCCAGCCUGAAGCUGCUGGCCAGGGAGGGCGAGCAGAGCCGGCUGAAGCUGCAGGAGGCCGACGCUUCGAGGACGCAGCUGGAGGACGCGCUGCGCUCGCGGACGGAGGAGGCCGGGCAGGGCCGGCUGCUGCUUGAGGAGAGGGAGCUGUCGGAGAAGCAGCUGCAGGCGGCCCUGGCUGCGCAGCGAGAGGAGGUCGCGCAGGAGAGGCUGCGACUGCAGGAGGCGGAGAGCUCGCAGCAGCGGAUGGAGGCCAGCCUCACCUCGCAGGUCGCCGACCUGGAGGCUGCCCUGAGCUCGCAGCGGGAGCUGCUGACCAGGGAGGGCGAGCAGAGCCGGCUGAAGCUGCAGGAGGCCGACGCUUCGAGGAUGCAGCUGGAAGACGCGCUGCGCUCGCGGACGGAGGAGGCCGGGCAGGGCCGACUGCUGCUUGAGAAGAGGGAGCUGUCGGAGAAGCAGCUGCAGGCGGCCCUGGCUGCGCAGCGAGAGGAGGUCGCGCAGGAGAGGCUGCGGCUGCAGGAGGCGGAGAGCUCGCAGCAGCGGAUGGAGGCCAGCCUCACCUCGCAGGUCGCCGACCUGGAGGCUGCCCUGAGCUCGCAGCGGGAGCUGCUGGCCAGGGAGGGCGAAUGAAGACGCAGCUUGAGGCAGGAUUGUCCUCUCAGAUCGCCAGCCUGAAGGACGCGCUGCGCUCGCGGACGGAGGAGGCCGGGCAGGGCCGGCUGCUGCUUGAGGAGAGGGAGCUGUCGGAGAAGCAGCUGCAGGCGGCCCUGGCUGCGCAGCGAGAGGAGGUCGCGCAGGAGAGGCUGCGACUCCAGGAGGCGGAGAGCUCGCAGCAGCGGAUGGAGGCCAGCCUCACCUCGCAGGUCGCCGACCUGGAGGCUCAGAGCCGGCUGAAGCUGCAGGAGGCCGACGCUUCGAGGACGCAGCUGGAGGACGCGCUGCGCUCGCGGACGGAGGAGGCCGGGCAGGGCCGGCUGCUGCUUGAGGAGAGGGAGCUGUCGGAGAAGCAGCUGCAGGCGGCCCUGGCUGCGCAGCGAGAGGAGGUCGCGCAGGAGAGGCUGCGACUCCAGGAGGCGGAGAGCUCGCAGCAGCGGAUGGAGGCCAGCCUCACCUCGCAGGUCGCCGACCUGGAGGCUGCCCUGAGCUCGCAGCGGGAGCUGCUGGCCAGGGAGGGCGAGCAGAGCCGGCUGAAGCUGCAGGAGGCCGACGCUUCGAGGACGCAGCUGGAGGCAGGACUGUCCUCUCAGAUCGCCAGCCUGAAGGACGCGCUGCGCUCGCGGACGGAGGAGGCCGGGCAGGGUCGGCUGCUGCUUGAGGAGAGGGAGCUGUCGGAGAAGCAGCUGCAGGCGGCCCUGGCUGCGCAGCGAGAGGAGGUCGCGCAGGAGAGGCUGCGACUGCAGGAGGCGGAGAGCUCGCAGCAGCGGAUGGAGGCCAGCCUCACCUCGCAGGUCGCCGACCUGGAGGCUGCCCUGAGCUCGCAGCGGGAGCUGCUGGCCAGGGAGGGCGAGCAGAGCCGGCUGAAGCUGCAGGAGGCCGACGCUUCGAGGACGCAGCUGGAGGACGCGCUGCGCUCGCGGACGGAGGAGGCCGGGCAGGGCCGGCUGCUGCUUGAGGAGAGGGAGCUGUCGGAGAAGCAGCUGCAGGCGGCCCUGGCUGCGCAGCGAGAGGAGGUCGCGCAGGAGAGGCUGCGACUGCAGGAGGCGGAGAGCUCGCAGCAGCGGAUGGAGGCCAGCCUCACCUCGCAGGUCGCCGACCUGGAGGCUGCCCUGAGCUCGCAGCGGGAGCUGCUGGCCAGGGAGGGCGAGCAGAGCCGGCUGAAGCUGCAGGAGGCCGACGCUUUGAAGACGCAGCUCGAGGCGGGCCUGUCCUCGCAGAUCGCCAGCCUCGAGGCCGCGCUGCGCUCGCGGACGGAAGAGGCCGGGCGGGGGCAGCAGCUUCUGGAGGAGAGGGAGUUGUCGGAGAAGAAGCUGCAGGCGGCUCUGGCUGCUCAGCGGGAGGAGGUCGCGCAGGAGAGGCGGCGGCUGCAGGAGGCGGAGAGCUCGCAGCAGCGGACGGAGGCCAGCCUCACCUCGCAGGUCGCCGACCUGGAGGCGGCCCUGAGCUCGCAGCGAGAGCUGCUGGCCAGGGAGGGCGAGCAGAGCCGGCUGAAGCUGCAGGAGGCCGACGCUUUGAAGACGCAGCUCGAGGCGGGCCUGUCCUCGCAGAUCGCCAGCCUCGAGGACGCGCUGCGCUCGCGGACGGAAGAGGCCGGGCGGGGGCAGCAGCUUUUGGAGGAGAGGGAGGGCAGCUGCUCGCUGAGAAGCAGCUGCAGCAGCGAGCUGUCUGCAGGCGGCUCUGGCUGCUCAGCGGGAGGAGGUCGCGCAGGAGAGGCGGCGGCUGCAGGAGGCGGAGAGCUCGCAGCAGCGGACGGAGGCCAGCCUCACCUCGCAGGCGGCUCUGGCUGCUCAGCGGGAGGAGGUCGCGCAGGAGAGGCGGCGGCUGCAGGAGGCGGAGAGCUCGCAGCAGCGGACGCAGGCCAGCCUCACCUCGCAGGUCGCCGACCUGGAGGCGGCGGAGGGCGAGCAGAGCCGGCUGAAGCUGCAGGAGGCCGACGCUUUGAAGACGCAGCUCGAGGCGGGCCUGUCCUCUCAGAUCGCCAGCCUCAAGGACGCGCUGCGCUCGCGGACGGAGGUCGCGCAGGAGAGGCGGCGGCUGCAGGAGGCGGAGAGCUCGCAGCAGCGGACGCAGGCCAGCCUCACCUCGCAGGUCGCCGACCUGGAGGCGGCCCUGAGCUCGCAGCGGGAGCUGCUGGCCAGGGAGGGCGAGCAGAGCCGGCUGAAGCUGCAGGAGGCCGACGCUUUGAAGACGCAGCUCGAGGCGGGCCUGUCCUCGCAGAUCGCCAGCCUCAAGGACGCGCUGCGCUCGCGGACGGAAGAGGCCGGGCGGGGGCAGCAGCUUCUGGAGGAGAGGGAGCUGUCGGAGAAGCAGCUGCAGGCGGCCCUUGCUGCACAGCGGGAGGAGGCCGCGCAGGAGAGGCGACGGCUGCAUGAGGCGGAGAGCUCGAAGCAGCAGGUGGAGGCCAGCCUCACCUCGCAGGUCGCCACCCUCGAAGCGGCCAUGGGCUCGCAGAGGGAGCUGCUCGCCAGGCAGGGCGAGCAGAGCCUGCUGAGGCAGCAGGAGGCGGACUCCGCGAGGGCGCU